GUCCAGUCAGCUUCGGAAGCCGAGCCUCAGCUUCGGGGACCGAGGCGAGGUGGAGGAAGAGGAGGAGAGAGCCAAAAGGAUCUCAAGUAUCAUCCUCAAUGAAUGGAAAUUUCCCAGCAUUUAAAGGAGUGAAGGAAUUUGACCACAAGAAUGUCGAUGGAUUCCACAAAAGGCUUCAAAUUUAAAGUUAGGGGAAAGCGAUCGCAGGAUCUUGAUCGGAUUCGAGGUCGAAAUGCGUGAAGUUUAGUACCCAAAUCGGGCUUUUCUGAAUCUUUCUCUGCUGGUGAUUUAAUUCGGCUACCUAGCUCUGAGAAUGGGGUGCCUGCAGUCCAAGACGAGUAAUAUGCCAAGCCCUGAUGCAGAAUCGGUUGAAAAUGAGAAGCUAGAUCCGGAAAAUGUCGAUCAAUUUGAGAAUGAUAGAGUGCCUACGUUCAAGGAAUACUCACUCGCUGAGCUACGGGCUGCAACAGGAGGAUUUAAUAGUGAGAACAUUGUGUCAGAGAGCGGCGAGAAAGCUCCGAAUACAGUAUAUAAAGGAAGACUAGAAAACAAUCGUUGGAUUGCUGUUAAACGUUUUCCAAAACAAUCCUGGCCGGAUGCCAGGCAGUUUGCGGCUGAAGCAGCAGGUGUUGGAAGAGUUCGACACAAAAGAUUAGUGAAUCUGAUUGGCUGCUGUUUUGAAGGAGAUGAACGGCUAUUGGUUGCAGAGUACAUGCCAAAUGAUACCUUGUCCAAGCACCUCUUUCACUGGGAGAAGCAACCGAUGCCUUGGGCGAUGCGGUUGAGAGUAGCAUAUUAUAUUGCACAAGCACUAGACCACUGUAAUACUGAAAAUCGACGCAUUUAUCAUGAUUUAAAUGCAUAUAGAGUGCUUUUUGAUGAGGAUGGUGAUCCUCGAUUGUCAAGCUUUGGCCUAAUGAAAAACAGCAGAGAUGGAAAAAGCUAUAGCACUAACUUAGCAUACACACCUCCUGAGUUUCUCAGGACAGGUAGAGUGACUCCUGAGAGUGUCAUAUAUAGCUAUGGGACGGUUCUUCUGGACCUACUCAGCGGAAAACAUAUCCCACCUAGUCAUGCCUUGGAUUUGAUACGUGGAAAAAAUGUCUUGGUGCUGAUGGAUUCUUCCUUAGAAGGACAGUAUGCGAAUGAUGACGCAACUGAACUAGUUGGAUUGGCAUCAAGGUGUUUGCAGUCUGAACCACGAGACAGACCUAGCACUAAGUUUCUUGCAACAGCAUUAGCCCCACUUCAAAAGCAGACAGAGGUUCCAUCCAAUAUACUGAUGGGUAUAAAUAAAGUGACAUCAUCUCUACCAGUAAUGCUCUCUCCACUUGGAAAGGCUUGUGCAAGGAUGGAUCUUACAGCUGUACAUGAUGUGCUGGUUAAAACGGGAUACAAGGAUGAUGAGGGUGCAGAGAAUGAGCUAUCAUUUCAAGAGUGGACUCAGCAAGUUCAGGAGAUGCUAAACACAAAGAAAUUCGGUGACAUUGCCUUCAGAGACAAAGACUUUAAGACUGCUAUUGAAUACUACUCCAAAUUAGUAAGCGUUAUGACGAUGCCAUCGCCGACUGUCUUUGCAAGGCGCAGUUUGGCUUACUUGAUGAGUGAUCAACCUGAGCUUGCUCUCCGAGAUGCAAUGCAAGCACAAGUAUGUCAACCAGAGUGGCCGACAGCUUUUUACAUGCAAGCUAUAGCCCUGGCAAAACUGGGAAUGGAAACUGAUUCACAGGACAUGCUAAGAGAUGGGGCUGCAUUAGAAUCAAAGAAGCAGAACAUGAGGCAUAAUAAGUAACUUUAUUUUGUUUCUACAUAACAUGACAGAGAAAGGCUGACAUGGUUAGAAAGGAUUACUUUAUUAUCCUCCCAUCACAGAUAAUUUAUUAUCUUAUGUAUAUCAUGAAUUGGUUAAUCACUGGUUUUCUGUACAAAUCUAAUGCAUAGCAGACGAGGAAAUGAGGGAAAAAGUAUGUAAUUGCAUAUAUUGCGUAUCUUUAUCAAGAUAAGGAGAGAUGGUGCUAGGUUAGCUUUUAUUGGUGGGUAAUAAUUGGUAUAGUGGUAAAAUCUGCAGCCAAGUUACUGAUAAGAUUCUAAUUCCAGUAAACUAUUUCUAUAUUCACCGCUGCAUGUCGGCUUGUAAAAAUUGAGUGGUAGAUGGAUGGAUUCUGCCUACGAGCAAUUUACAUAUAAUUUUAUUUUUACUUCGUUUAA